CCAGUCAGCUCUCUCGAGUCUCUUACUACCGCUUCGCAAACUUCUGCUGGUAAGAGCGAACAGGAGAAUGCUGACCUAGCCAAAUUGCAGAGCUCUCCUAACACAGACACGCAGAACCUUGAAACAGGCCAACUAUUUCAAAAAGUCUCAGAAGAACUUGUGAACUGGCCACAAGACUGUGCUGUCAUACUUAACAAGGAUGGCCUAUCCUUGAACAAUUUGCUUGGGAUAAAUGAGUGUCUCAAUAUUUGUAUUCCUUCAGAGCCACUUGAGCUUCUAGGCGUAAUAAGAUCUUAUGAAGAGAAGCUGGCUUUUGAAGAUCCUUGUGCUCGCUUUUACCUCUUUCGAGUGAUGGAGCUGAGGCGCGACUGCCAUCCCUGGUUCUAG